AGGGCUUUUUUUUUUUGAUGGGUUGCCAUCGGUGUUAUCAGAGAGGCCGCCGCCGAGGUUGGUUUGCUAUCUCCAUUCCAGACCUUGAUCGAUCGAGCGAGGAUGAGCGGCAACGGAGCGAAGAAGGUGGCGGAGGUGGCCGUCAAGGCCUCCAAGUCGAUCGAUUGGGACGGGAUGGCCAAGCUUCUCGUCUCCGAUGAGGCGCGCAAGGAAUUCUCUAACCUCCGCCGUGCCUUCGACGAUGUCAACCACCAACUUCAGACCAAGUUCUCGUUGGAACCUGAACCUAUUGACUGGGACUACUACAGAAAAAGAAUUGGUUCUCGCCUGGUAGAUCAGUAUAAAGAGGCAUAUGAUAGCAUAGAGAUCCCCAAGUUUGUUGACACUGUGACCCCAGAAUACAAACCGAAGUUUGAUGCUCUGCUAGUUGAGUUCAAAGAAGCAGAAAAGAAAUCUCUGGAGAGAUCAGCGCAGUUGGAGAAAGAAAUUGCAGAAGUUCAGGAGACGAAAAAAAAAAUAGCCACCAUGACAGCAGAUGAAUAUUUUGAGAAGCAUCCAGAGCUGAGGAAGCAGUUUGACGAUGAAAUUCGUAAUGACAACUGGGGAUAUUAAGCAUCACACUUUUGCCUUGAGUAGCUUCUCGCAUGGCAUGAGAUUUCUAAUAAGUUUGUGGUUUACCCCAACAUUGAAAUGACCCGAAUUGAAGCUGAUGUUUAAUACUUUCAUUGUUGCCAAAGUCGGAUGGUAUCUGUUAUAAUGCACUUCACCGUGUUGGAUUGCCUCAGACCGGCAUCUCUCUUUACAUUUUCGCUAAUAAAUGUCCACCAGUUUUAUUCUUGAUGUAUAUAAGCAAAUUUUCUUCA